CAUCCCAUCAAGAUCCCUGCGUUCAGCCAACCAGUGGCGUCUUGUGUUGCCUUCUCAUAAGGGCAGUAAAUCACUUUCCCGCUCUUUCUCCUUCACAACUCCUUCCUGGUGGAACACUCUUCCUAACUCAGUCCGGUCAACCACAUCUCUCACAACAUUCAAAAAACUACUUCAAACCCAUCUCUUCUGUGAACACUUGACAGAAAACACACUAACCCCCUCUCUCUUUCUCUCAACAGGUAGUGGUCUGGCUUUUGUUGAAACCAGUAACUUUGUAUUAGCACCUGUUGUAUUAUUGCUCCUGUAUGACAUAUCGCUUAUUGCUCCCUGAACUCUCUUUCAAAGGGAAAGGCCGUGUCUCAAGGUGCUGUUUACUGGUCUGUGUCUGGGAAUGAUUUGUUUCUUGGUUAUGUGGUCUUGUUUGGGUAAAGAAAAAGAGAAACAACCUCCACACAGCCUUUUGUUUCAGCACUUUGCAAAACUUCACAACUCCACAAACUCCGUCACCUCUCCUGCUGACAGUAUCCGUUCAGAAGAGACUGAGUCACCAACAAGCUCAUUUUACUCUGAAUUUGGAAUCAGUUCAGAACGUUACUCCAGUUUACAACAGGCUCUCUGCUGGGCUGGACCAGACAGAUCCAUUACAAAUGUGUCCGUGAGUACAAAUCCAGCUCACUCCACAUUCGUCAUUCACAACCUGAAAGACAGCUACCAAAUAGGAGAGGAGAUUUAUGUUAUGAUCCAUGCGAGAGAUUUUGGCAAUAAUCCCAAACAUUAUGGAGGGGACUUCUUUCAAGCCAAGCUGUUCUCAUCUAAAAAGGCCAGUGUGUUUGGGGAGGUGGUGGACUUGCUCAACGGCUCUUACUCUGUGCGUUUUCUUCUGCCGUGGGUGGGACAGGCACAGGUGGCUGUGCGUCUGAUCCACUCCAGUGAAGCUGUGCAGGUCCUCAAGCAUCACAGAGACACUGAUUCUGACAGAGUUUUCUUCUAUGGAUAUUUUGAAGGACCAGGACCGAAUGGGACCAGGCUAAAUGAAAUAGUGAAGUGUAAUGCGAAGUGGGACAAGAAUGGACUGGAGAAGAAGGGAACUGGAGAUUGCUGCUGUGAAUACAAAGAUUCUCGCACUGGAGAAGAAUGGCGCUGCCAGAAACCCAAAUCUCUGCCAUGCAGCGCCCGUGUGUAUCACUCCAUGGGCGGAUAUAGCAAACGUGUGACUGCCAAAGAAGCAAAGUUUAUGCAGCAAACCAACAAAGGUGUCAAUGGGCAAAAAAGCAUCUUCAACAUUCUUCCCUUUAAUGAAAGUGCAAGAAUUGACGUAAGAGAGAAAUGUCAUCCUGGUUUGCACUCACCAGUUCCAGCUGGCUUUUACCUGAAUGAUGUGUGGACUUCCUUUGUGUGUAAAACCCGUAAAUUUACUCCCCAAACAACAACACAGUGUCUGAAGGACAAACACAUCUACAUGAUGGGAGAUUCUACUUUGAGACAGUGGUUUGAGUUCUUGCUGAAAGCUGUACCAAGUUUGAAGCAGAUGAAUCUGCACGUUCAGUAUCAGGCAGGACCUCUUCUAGCAGUGGAUGUGGAGAACAACAUUGACCUACACUGGAGAGCUCACGGUGUUCCUUUGCGGUGUCGGAAAACUGAAAUUGCUAAUCUGCACUACAUCAGUAAUGAGAUUGAGGAUCUGGCUGGAGGACCUCACACUGUUAUUGUCUUUAAUCUGGGACCACACUUCACCACAUACCCUCUGGAUUUCUUCACCCACAGAGUGUUGAGGAUCCACAAAGCUGUUGUAGAUUUAUUACAGCGAGCACCAGCAACUGCUGUUAUCAUCAAAACUGUCAACACUGGCUAUAAGGAUGUGUUUGGCAGUGACUGGUAUUCUCUGCAGUUGGACAGAAUUCUGCGGUGGGCUUUUCAGGAUGUUGGUGUUUAUAUUUUGGAUGUAUGGCAAAUGACAGCCUGUCACUACAACAAAGAGAACAUUCAUCCAGGGCCUGUCAUCAUCAAAAAUGAGAUGGACAUUUUUCUUUCUUUCAUUUGCCCUGAAUGAAUAGACAUUAAUUUGACAAUUAACAAUUUACUUUUCAACAAUAACUGCUACUACUUGUAAAAAUCCCAAAUUAUGUGUCCUGUAUUUAAAUGGACAAAUACUGAAAACUGACAUCUACUGAAAGUCAGUAAGGGGGCGUUUAUAUUUCGCAUAUACUUGUAUGAAACUGAAGCUUGCGCUCUCGUGGUGUUUGCUGUUGCAAAGUAACCCAGAAUGUAGAGGAAACACUGUAGUAUUUGUUGUGUCUGAGUGCGAUUGUUCUGACGCCCCUCGCAGCGUUGGUUUGUGUCUGUCUCAGCUUGAUUCUACAGUAUCGAACCCUGGUGCGUUUGCAUUCAUCUUACAUCAUCACGAAUGUGCAUGACACAUGAUAGUAAACAGAACACGGGUCAAUUUAUUGUGUUUUUUAAUGACUUGAUGCUAUUAUGCGCAGCGCAGAGUAAACAACACUUGGUUUUACUGUAUGUUCGCUUGCAGAGCUUUCUGCUGCUUGCAAACAGACUAUUUAUCAGGACUAUUUUUAAAUCUGGAAUCAUCGUAGUACCAUUCACUUGCCGCUCUGAUUCCACUCGCAACGUGCAAAACAAUGCAGGCUCACUCUUACUCAAAGCCAUGGUAAAUUACCAAUGCUAUCAUCUCUUACACGUGUUUUAAUGAAUACAUUGUAAUCGGCUAAAGCGCAUACGCAGGGUUCUGUACCCUGGUACGCACCUGAGUUCGUGUGACAGCUUUUACAUUAACGAUUUUUCAUGCAAACCGUGCUCCGUUCCGAACUAAACUGCAAGCAGGAAAGGCACCUGAAAGCCACCUAAGGGGGGGCCUCACCCAAAGAGCAGCCUAGGGGCCCCUGACCACCUUAAUCCACCCCUGGUCCUGGGUUAGUCAGGUGUGUUUUCAGGGACUUGAUAUAUUGUAGGGACAUGAGAGAGGAUCUUUUAUCUCAGGCUGACAGCAGUUUUGUAUAAAUGUAACUACAAAAUGCUGCAUAUGUAAGCUGGACAAAUAAAACGAAUGUGUGAAAAUACGUAUUAUUUUGUUAAGUUAUGUUUGUUAUAAACCUCUAUAAUUUAUGAUGCGUGUUCUCAGGCGAUGUGCAAUACGUGAAUUUAGGUGAUCAGGUGCAGUAUUGCAUUUUUUUCAGUUUGAAUCACUGCUGCAUAUAACCUAGACAACAGAGAAUUCACAUUUGCUGCUGCAGAUGUCAAAGGAGUUUUGAAUGCGUUAGAAAGAGAAUCAUACUGUAAUUCUAGAAGAACCAUGUUGUUUAUCCUGUUCUCUCAUGAUUGUGUGUGAGGAGAAAAGGUAAAUAAACCGGA